CCUUAUCUUGCGUGAGACGCCCGGGCCAUACGUCACGUCAUCUGGGUCAACUUCCGGUGCGACCUCGAGCGAUCGAAAGACUGCUUGCGGUUGACGCUGAGGGAGACUGUCGGCCGCCAGCUGGUUCCCGCAUCUUUUGGAGACCGGUGUGACCGGAUUUGAAAAGGUUUUUCCAGCGGCAUUUUCCCCUUUCCUUGAAUUUUCUUGUCUUGUGUGUGGGCGAGAAGUAGAGUAAAGGGGUUUACCAGUUAUAGGUGACCAAGCAGUUUCACAAAUAAAGCCUCCAACGAGUUUAAAAAUAAUUAGUCCCAAUUCAGAGAAGUGGAGUGCUCCUGUUUCACAAAGAUGUCGAGCUGCUCCAGUGAAGUCGAUGUGAUAAAAACUCGCAUACGUUCUGGUGAUGAUGAGAACGGGAUUCUUUAUGCAUAUGAAUCAAAUCCUGCAUAUGUAAACCAGCAAAGUGUUCAGUCUGACACAUCCUCCGAAGAGCAACAAAAAGUGAUUAUGGAUGUCCUGAGUCGUUGCCAGGUCAUCCAGGAUACUGUUGAAAACCUGGAUAAGAAAUUUGAUGUCAUGAAUGGGAAGGUUUCAAAAAUUUACCGUUUCCGUGCAAAAUUAAUCUGGCAAAAUCGCAGGCCACUUGGAUAUGCAUACAAACAUUAUAAUCACCUGAUUUCUAGAAGGAUAAAAUUGCAGAAAACGAAGAAGGAUGUGCCUGAUGAGCCUGCUGUGCCUGCUGAGCCUGCUGAGCCUGCUGUGCCUGCUGUGCCUAAUGAGCCCGCUGUGCCUGAUGAGCCCGAUGAUAUGUCUGAAAAGCUUUAUCCCGCUUCAUUGUCUCGUAGUCACAGUUAUAGCCCAACUGUACCAGUAAGAAGACCAACAGAUUACCAGGAUAGCCCUAUGGGAACAUUCUAUCAGUCACAGGAUUCCCUUACUCAGGAUCACUGUUCAUUCUAUGAGGGCCGAGGCAUACGCCUUAGCCAGAGUCCAACAUUUCCUGGCUACUCUUCUUCAUAUCCGUCAGGUUACGCACCCAUUGAUCUAGUGCAGGGCUCUACAUCCGUACCUGCAGACAUGCUGGGCCAAGGCAGAUCCAGUCCAGCACACAACCAUGAUAUGAUGACUUACCCAACCUUGCUGCAAAAUGAGAACCUCGGCCAUACUGCCUCAUCUCUCUGCAUGCCAGCUGGCUUCGCUACAAGUUCAUCAGUUGGAAAUGACCAAGGUGUACUGCAAUACCCUUACUAUGCAGACCCUGCAGAUUGGUCUGUAGAGGAAGUGAUCCUGUUUCUGAAAGAAGUAGAUCCUCAUACACUCCUCCCCCUGGCUGACCUCUUCAGGGAACAUGAAAUUGAUGGGAAAGCUAUGCUGUUACUCCACAGUGAUGUUAUGAUGAAGUAUAUGGGGCUGAAGCUCGGGACAGCUCUGAAGUUGUGCCACUACAUUGAAAAGCUUAAAGAAGAAAAAUGCAUCAUUGACAUUUGAGAAAAUGUCUGUGUAGAUUUAGAUUGGACUUAAUUCUGGGGAGAGGAAUGCUAUCUUGCUGUAAAAUCAUUUUACUGCCCUUAGAAAUGUUUGUGUUGUAGAAGGUUCCUCUAAAAGCUUAUUAUAUCCAGAAUCACAGAGCUACAUUAUAGUCCAGUCUACUGCUUUAGAAACCAUUUAAUGUGUUGUUAUUAGCAUAUUCAAAUAGACAGUUUCUGCUUAAUCUUUAUUGUUGCCAUUUUGUCAUUUUUACUUCAUAGAAGAAACAGAAAUACCUUUGACUUUGGUUGACGUUUAUGUAUAGAACAAAAACAGCUAAAUCCCAAAGAGAAAAUAUUAGGGAUUGAUAAAUUCUCUAAUAAAAUCUAUGAGAAGUUUUCCUUAGAAGAAAAUUUAAAGAUACAACUGCAGAUAUCAUCUCUUUCUCAAAUAUUAUAUAUCUGUAAUAGCAGUGUUCUGUUAGUGUCCUACCAGUUUCCAGAAAGGGAAUAACCAUAUAACUUACUUUCCUUUUGUUGUUAUUUCUCUGUUUGUUUGUUUAUUCCCAUUUAAAGAAAAAGUAACCUUAUGAGGUUUCUAAAGUGUUGCUACCAGGUUUUUGAUAAAUUAUAAGAUAGAAUAGUUUUAUGCAAUAGAUCACAGGUGGCAAACACAAGGCCCAUGGUCCACAUCUGGCCUUCUACCUUGUUUCUGCCCGGCGGCAGCGCCGAGCUCUCGCUUAACUGUUAAGGAGCAGAUACAUGUAUACAGUCCUAAAGUUACACUCGGCCCUUUGAAGGCAACCGUGAGGCUGAUGUGGCCCCCGGCGAAAAUGAGUUUGACAGCCCUACUCUUAUACUACAAGGAUGUUUUGGGUGGAGUCUGGCUAUAUGCUAUUCCUUUAAAUGCAUGCUAUUUUAAAACUUUUAAAAUAUUUUGUUUAAGCUCUGAUAUUUAGCCAUUUGUAGUUCACAUCUCUCUCUGAAGGUGCCUAUGUCGAAACUCUUAAAAGAUGCAUAUUCAUGUUAAUGUUUUAUUCUAUAUGUGAAGUUUACACACAAGUAAAUCUUUUUUUAUUUAAAAUGAUACUUUGCACUUCUACAGAGAUAAAGACUAAUCUAUAUAUAGUGAGAGGUCUUAACUCUGUAAAAAAUAUGCACAUCAUUUCCUAUCACUAGUACCUUUCAGUUCGCUCUUCAGAGUUUAGGUACGGGAAAGUUCUCUGUCCUGUGCAAUGUUUCUAGUUACUUUGCCUUCUGAGCCAUUUUGUCUACUGAACUGUGGAAGGUACAUUAGUUUGAAUUUAUCAUUUUGAACUUUAAGUACUGGAAAUUUCAAGCAAAACACGUUCAUUGUUAUUUGUUAUUUAUUACAUUGUUCUAUUGUAUGACAUUUGUUUUAAUGUUUAUAAGCUAUGAGAAUUGGUGCUAAUUGUAUUAGCCAUUUGUUGUAAAUGCCAAUAAUUGUUUGCCAUGGGCCAGAAUGCACAUUUACCUUUUAGGAAGCCAAGUGUCCUUUAUAUUUAUAAACAAAUGCAAUUAUUUACUAGGCAUUUGUGAUCUAAAGAGUGGUUUUAUCUAUGUUAUUACCUCUGUGUUAUAAGACAAGAUUCUAAUUUGUACUUUUAAUCUCUCAAAUUGUUUGAGUGAAGAUCGUGUGUCCAGUUGAACAGUCCUCAGGUGUUUAUACAAAUACUAUGUUUUUAUAGUUCUCAGACUUUGAAAUAUAAUAAAGUUAAAAAU